AUGGCCCUCGAAGACCACGCCGUCGAGCUCCGCAGCCGCACCAUGACCCCUCUCCCGAGUGCGCAGUGGGAGGAACUGAGCAUGCGCGUCGAGUCCUCUGCUCGCGCGGGCGCCUUUCGCCGCCCGUCCUCGACCGGCAACCUCUCCUCGCUCACGACCAUGACACCGGCGACCACCUCGCGGCCUGUCCCCGUGCCCAACGCCGACCGCGGGCUUCUGCGCCGCAUGUCUUCGACCUUUUCAGCCGCCGGCGCCGUCUCCCUCGGCGUGCAGGAGUGGCCGACCGACUGGCGCACCGACUGGGCCACGAGGCGGACCUUUGCCCCUAGCUCGCCCGAGAGCGUCUCGUCCGUCUCGUCCGUCUCGUCCGUCGCGUCCUCUGCGCCCGCCUCUGCCCCCGUGUGGCCCCAGGCUACCGCCCAAAAACCCAUGAACGCCCGCCGCGACAGCCUGCACUCGCAGGAACAGGAGUGCGUCAUGGACAUGCCAACAUCAUGGACAACGACCUCUGCCUUCCCAGUGACAAUCCCGACUUCUGCCGAACCGACCCCAACUAUCUCCCAUCCCCGCCCAUCACUUUUCCCCGCACGCAAUGGCUCCGAAUGGUCCAAUCUCCCCCGUUUCAUGACUCGCAUACGACGAGUCAGGUGGCCUGGUGCGCACAGCAGGCGAGUUGGUGCUGGUCUCGCUCGUGCCCGACAUCGUGGACGAAGUGUGCUUCAAGCUGGCCGUGCUGGACAAGAUCCUCGAGGUGCCGAGUCUGAGCUGCCCCCUAACUCGCCCGACCCGCCUGCAUUGCAAAGCAUUGCACCUUUCCUCCGUUCGGCGCUGUACGCCUGGUCAACCCUCGUCUGCAUCAAGGACCGUCCCGCUCGUCGGCAUCUCUACGCUCAACCACGUACUGAAGCAUCGGUGAGAGCACUGUGUGUGGACGACUUUGGUCGCUUUGCGGGCAAGUAUUACGCCGUCUCCACCAUCGCCUUUUGGCGAGGCAGCGACGAUGAGAUCGCCACGGAGCCCGUGUUCCGAGAGGCUGAGCCGCUCCCGGAAGAGCUUGUGCCAGUGUCACGAAAGUGA